AUGACGGGAGCCGAGGUGAAGGUUGAGAUGAAUCAGAGAAAUCGAUUCUCGUUCGGUUUGUCGGCUGAAUGUGGAAGUGAGGGAGAGAAGCAGCAGCAAAUCACACUCACACAUGCACUCAAUGCCAUAUGUGAACGAGUCCUUGUUUCAGCGGCUGACUAUAGGCAGCCGGAAGCUUUUUGGGACAGGGAAGGAACGGAACGGGGAUGUGAGUGGUGGGGAAAGGAAAUGGUUUGA